AUGUCAACGUGGAUCAACUCGACCACGUCAUGUGCAUCGAUCUUCACGCUUGUUGCUGUCACAGCUGACCGCUAUUUUGCCAUUUGCCAUACGAUGAAAUAUGCGGUCUGGGACUCGCGGUGGACGCUGUACGUUAUAGCGGCAGUUUGGAUGCUCAGUGGCAUGCUUGCCGCACCCACACUUGCUGUUUAUGACGAGAUACUGUUUGCACUGGAUCCGCCAAAUGGUACUCUGGUGGCUCGUUUAUGCAUAUCGACUCAAGACGAAACAAUCAGUUUCAUCGUUGUCAACUUACUGCUUGCAUUUAUUAUACCAUUCAUCUUGAUAUCCGCAUUUUAUUCGCGUAUUUUCAUAACUGUAUCCAAUCAUCGUAGUUUAGCCGUUGAUGCCAGGGUCACACCGAUUUUGCAGUUUGUUCUCAUUUGCUAUUGA